AGUCACUCUGUGUUGGGAAAUGAAGUUAUGACAUGAAAUGAGAACGACUAUAUUUGAAACUGAAUAUAAUAAUAAUGCACCCCAUUAAAGUUUCUUGUAAUGUUAUAAUUGUUUUUUUUUUUGUGUCAGUGACAACGUUAGUACGCUGUUUUAUGGCGGAUGUCAAAUGUGCUCAUAAUGCAGCUCGACACUGGUGUUGUGCAAUGCCCUCUAUAAGCAGUUAUUCAGAUGGAUCUUAAUCGUCCGAAUUUCUUUUCAUAAAGUUACUGUGUAUUGCCAACGGAAGUCUUUUCGUAUAUGAAUGUGGAACCCCGUUGACAUGUGGUGAGAUGAGAUGGCAGUUUAGUGAACCCUUACUUAAGGUGUACCUUUCUACGUAGGGGAGGGAUGAAUAUACUUAAGAUUGUGACAUUGUGUACGUUAGAAAUUUGAGCUAAACGUAAAUCUUGCUUAGUGCAAUUUGGUUUUUUUAAAAUUUGUGCGGGUGCCAUUUGUGGUAGGUGCUGCAACGUAGAGUAUGCAAACGAAUUAUCACAUAGGUAUCGAAAUGAUUGGUUGGGGGUCGCAAUUAGAAACAAAUAUCUCGAUUUAAUUAGUUAUCACGAGUCAGAAUUUCAACAAAAUGUGACCAUUCUGUUGGAUUCAAAAGCCGAGGGAAAAUAUAUAAGAAUCAAAUUUUGUAUGCUGGUAAUAACUUUGUUCCUCUGCGUUCUGCACAAAGCGUAGGCAUCUCUUGCAUGUCCUUGCUACAGCGUCGCCAACAUAGGCCAGAAAUAUAUCUUCUCUGUGGUUGCCAAUGACGUUAAUUCAUAGUUGUAAACAUGGCUGCAACUGUGCAAGUGUUUGAUCCACCUAGCUCAGCGAGUUCGGAGAGGUAAACGUAAAACCGCGAUGUGGAGUCUUUAUUUUUCCACCCAUUUCAUUUUCUUCUAAUGUAGCUUGGCAAAAUGUUUAGCACGAUGACGUCUAAAAUUGUAUCCCUUAUUGUAAACGAAAAUCCCGGUCAAGGGAUGCAAUUGACCACCCGGCAAAACCAAUGCAGAACUUGCCGACUACUGCAAAAUGUCAAGGAUGCUAAUGAUGAUGGUGAAAUUGAUACAGUGGAUCAGGUGUUCCUGCCAGACGAUGCAGAGGAGGAAGAAGAGAGAGGUUGCGAUUACUACCCUGUACCGAACACACCACCUCCACAGUCACCCAGGCCACCCUCGACAGGCUCCCAGAAGUCGCCACGUUCAAAGCGGCAAAGAACUACUUCACUGUCUCAGUCGUCAAAGAAAACGGCAUCUGAAUCAAUACUUCGCAGUCAUAGGCGCACUAUUUACACUGCAGGCCGGCCACCGUGGUACAACUCAGCUGGUCAGCAAGUAGAACCCUUUGUGAUUGGUAUUUGUGGUGGGACUGCUUCAGGAAAAACAACUGUGGCAACAAAAAUUAUAGAGUCAUUAGAUAUUCCUUGGGUCACACUACUUAGCAUGGAUUCUUUUUAUAAAGUUUUAAAUGAGAAACAGCAUGAACAAGCAGCCAGAAAUGAAUAUAAUUUUGACCAUCCUGAUGCGUUUGACUUUGAGCUAUUGAUAAACACACUGCAACGAUUAAAAGUGGGAAAGAAGGUGGAAGUUCCUAUUUAUAAUUUCGUAACACAUUCGAGAGAGAAUAGAACGAAAACAAUGUAUGGUGCAAAUGUGAUCAUAUUUGAAGGAAUUUUAACAUUCUACAAUGCAGAAGUUUUGAAGUUGCUCGACAUGAAAAUUUUUGUGGAUACUGAUGCUGAUGUUCGGUUAGCGCGACGAUUACGCCGUGAUAUUUCACAAAGGGGCCGUGACCUUGAAGGUGUUCUUAAGCAGUACUGCAACCUUGUGCAGCCUGCAUUCUUCCAUUACAUAGCACCUUCCAUGGUGCAUGCAGAUAUUAUUGUUCCUCGUGGUGGUGACAACCAAGUAGCAAUUGAGCUCAUAGUCCAACAUGUCCAUACUCAGCUUCAGCUUAGAGGAUUCAAAGUAAGAGAACAGCUGGCACAUUCAUACAUUGGACAGCCACUUCCAGAAUCUGUUUUCUUGCUUCCUUCAACACCACAGGUGAAAGGAUUGCAUACAUUUAUUCGUAAUAAAGAUACACCAAGGGAUGAAUUUAUAUUUUAUUCAAAGAGGCUCAUUCGUCUUGUCAUCGAAUUUGCAUUGUCACUGCUACCAUUUAAGGAGCAUAUAGUUGAGACACCACAAGGAACACAAUAUACUGGUAAAAAGAGUGCUACUGAAAAGAUAUGUGGAGUAUCAAUUUUGAGAGCUGGUGAAACGAUGGAACAAGCUGUCUGUGAUGUUUGUAAAGACAUCCGAAUAGGAAAAAUACUGAUCCAGACAAAUCUGAACACAGGAGAACCUGAGUUGUACUAUCUGAGACUUCCAAAGGACAUAAAGGAUUACAAAGUAAUAUUAAUGGAUGCCACAGUAGCUACAGGUGCAGCAGCUAUGAUGGCGAUCAGAGUUCUUCUGGAUCAUGAUGUUCCUGAAGAAAAUAUACUCCUGGUGUCAUUGCUGAUGGCAGAAUCAGGUGUUCAUUCUAUAGCAUAUGCGUUCCCCCAUGUCCGUAUAGUCACAUCUGCUUUGGAUAAAGAAAUUAAUGAAAAAUUUUAUGUUGUUCCUGGUAUUGGCAAUUUUGGUGACCGUUAUUUUGGAACUGAGCCAUCAGAGGAGGCCUUCUGAUAUUGUGCAUGAAAUUGUUGCAGUUUGAAAUAAACAGUAUUUCUGUAACAUCAGUGACAGAUAGUUAACUGCAACAAAAGAAAACGUGCUCUCCAGAAUUGUUCAGUGGAGCAGUGUUUAAUGAUACAGGGUUUUUAUAAUUGUUUUCAGUACUUAAUUAUGCUUUUAUCACGGAAGUGAGAAGCUGUGUGUGUGUGUGUGUGUGUGUGUGUGUGUGUGUGUGUGUGUGUGUGUGUAAUUAGAUGUUAUGUUACUGGUUAUUUUGUCCCUCACCGUGCUUUCACCUGUGUAUAAUAUCAUUAUUUAUUUAUUUACUUUUUAAAAGAAAAUGGAAUGAAUUUUGCAAUGUCAAUUUGUUGUUGAAAUGUGUACAAGUAUGCAAUGCAGUGUUGCCAAGUGAAUUGUGUGCCUGUUGAGGGGAACACAGUGCCAUGUUAUGCUGUGGUAUGAAAUAUUGGAAGCUAUUUUGGUACUUGGCAUAAAGCAGAAAUAUAAUAGUGACAAUAAUCUUUAGUAGUUGGCAUUUUUUCUGCUUCCCUAUAAAGAAUUCCAAUGUGUAAGAAACACAGACAGCUUGGGAUUAAAUACUGAACACCUCAAUUUAUUUGAAAAAGCAAAAUCUUUAUUUGCAAUACUACUGUACAAGCAGUUACUUUACUGUUCAAUCACUCUUUAUUGUGUUGGAUACGUACAUUUCUAGUUUGUCACAACUAGCUGUAUAUACUCUGCAGAAAUGUUUGAUCACUUAUUCCAGGCACACUCUUUGCUUGAUGGGGCUGGCACUGCAUCUUUUUGACACUGAGUCAAAUCCUAAAAAUGUGAAAAGUGGUAUUUUAUUAAGGGCAGUGUUUCUGUUGAAUAAAGAAGUAUUGUUACUACAAUUUCCAAUUUAAAAUUUAUUUAACAUGUACAAAGAAUUUUAUUUCCUUUUCAUUAUAGAGGAAACUUAACUUCUAGUAAGAUAACUUUUUGUUCAAUAUUAAUUGAUGUAUUUUGUCUGACAGAUAAAGUGAACCGUGUUUUUUUUAAAUGUAUGAUUGCAUCAAGAAUAGAGCCAUCCUUAAAGAACAUCGAAGACAUAAAGGAGUUGAACAUUA